AUGUCCCCUAAACUCCACAUUUUUCUUAUUUUUCUCCUCUUACUCAUCCCAAACUCUCAAUCUUCUGGUUACCUAGAAAUCCGCUUAAAAUCGCCAUUUCUUCUAAACGCUACCGUAACCAUCACCGAGGAUAUUUAUUUUCCAACGAACAAACGUGUCUACAAUGUCCCUUUGGUCCCGGACCACACUCGAAUUCUAACCAACAUACCUGUCAAAUUCCAUCGUCCGGGUACUGUACUUAUCAAUAGUGGUCCCGUUGAUAAAUUCGGUUUACACUAUGCAACGAUUCGAUCCGAUCGAUGGAACACAAAAACUAUGAGAAUCGCGCCGGAUGAAAUACAGUUGCCGUUUACUGGAUUCCGAAUUGAUGUGCAAUGUAAUCGAAACUGGCACGGUCCAUAUUGCGACAAGUUCUGUAACGACGACCACGCGAGAAUCAUAAAUCGUCGUUGUACGCAGAAUGGUACCCUCGGCUGCCCCUUUAUGCUUUCUGGUCCCAAUUGUGAUAUUCCGCUUCUUCAAACCGAAUGCACGCUUCCCUGUAUGAAUCACGGAUACUGUGUAUCGGAAUUCCUGAAUCCGCUGGACACAGUAGAUCGAUCAAUUUGUGAAUGUGGUGUGGGAUUCGAAGGAGAGCAAUGUGAAGAGAAAGAGUAUGACUAUGCGGAUGCAAUCGAAAUUGAAAUGCAUGGAAUCCCAAGGAAAUACAAUUUGUUGAAGGAGUUUCUCAAUGGGAGUACGGUCGACAAUGAGUUGAGACAUCUUUAUCAUUAG